AUGAAUCGAAACGAGCCAGAACCACGUUUUGAGCGUCCUCCAGAUCCACGACGCGAGGAUGGAUAUCGAAAUCGUCAAAUUCAUAAAGACAUGGAGAAUGCACACUCCAUAGUGAACAGACCAACAAAAAGAUCAGGUGAGAUGGCAUAGAA